UGGUUAUCGGGGUAUUCCAGGAACGAGAAAACAGGGUGCAUGCUCUUCGCGCCAGGAAGAAACAAUAAAAGGCUUGGGGUUCCCUGCCAGACUCAUCCUACGUCAUAAAUGUGCUACUCCUCAAAGCAUUAGGUCGGUCGGUCUAGGCCCGUGUUUACGAGGAAUUCAACCCGUUUUCUUCACUUUUUCGUUGGCCAUUUCUUGCAAGUGGGCUAGAUGCUUGGGCGAAUCGGCACGCCGAAGUUGAAAUACAUCCGCGGCAUCUGGGGUUAGUUACAAUGCCGAGGUGGACAUUUCUGGUGCUCCUCUUAGCAAGAACAUCGCUAGAAGCCCAAGAUCCUCUAGACGCUCUAGCUGUAGGGUGGAAGAAUUCUACUUCCCCGCAGGCUGAGCGAGAAACGGUGAAAAUGCCUUUCGGGAAUGCCCUUUAUGCUCUUGCCGCCCCGAAAAGAAAUCAUACCGAGCUUCCCUGUUGCACAAAAACAUAAUAGGAAAUCAAAUAAGACAGGAUGUUUCUUAACGGCAGCAGCUAGGGGUUGGAAGGGGUGGGAGGGGGGGGCAAAUUCAGCAGCAAAGCUCGACGGUCCCAGCAAGGAAUGCUGGGAAGUCAACGCCAAUGCUUACGUCUGCGAAAUUUCAGCAGUGGAAUAUGGAUUUCUGAGCUUCAAACAAGCUACGGCAGCUCUAACCAUAUGCGUUAAACAGCAUGAGGUUAUAAUAUCCACGGUUGGGUUGUUGGGCCAGAAUCUCCAAGGCAAACUUCAGCGAUGUUCAGCAACUGCUCGAGCGACAUCUAUCAAUCGCCCAGGAGCCUUCGCCAUUUUUAUGUAGGCGGUGUUGAUAAGGGUUUAUAUUACAACGUCGCCCUUCCUUUAAUGGCACGUCUAUAAAGGUUAACUCAGCACUUAGGCAUCGCGCUUAAUUAGGGUUUUCCGAUCAAACUCCAAUCGCCAAUGGGGGAGUGUGGUACAUUUGCGCGGGGAUACUCGAGUCAACCCUCAUAUUUCACAAUUGAAUUCGCGGUGCGUUUUAAAUGUCUUGUCAUGUUUUGUUUUGAGAAGUAUAGGACCUAAAUGGGGCAUUGACCAUGUCAAAAUGGAAACCACCUAAGGCUUAACAGCCAGUUUUACAGCAAAAUUUGUCCAGCACUCGUUGUGGCGAUCAGGUCCUCGGAUUUCCGGUAUCCACGAUGCAUUCUUUAUCCCGGGAACUCUACCCUGUUGACAACAAGGGUAGACAUGUACUCCGUACGAUGAAUAUAUUCGGAUCACCAAGGUCUAAAUCCGGCGUCAAACGGGAGGCGAAACAUAGAUAUCGGAAGAGUUGAAAUGACGAAAAUCCGAACCUGAUCAGAACGUUUGAACUACAGUCAUCUGUUACCUAGAUAUUAGUACGCGUUUGCGGCAAUAUGGCUCGGAGUUCCGGCUGAUGCCACGGCGUGAUGCCAAUCGGCAGCCCGCCGAUAUGUCCACGACUGACUGACUGACUGACUGACUGCGAUGAUAUAGGGCAAUUCAUUCCAGCACCUCCCCAUGAAUGUUAGUGGCUACGCUUUCUUCUUUAUAAGUAAGGGAAAGCGGAAAUGAAGACCUUCAGCCCGAUUUGCCCCCUUUUAUUCUCUCACCCACCGUCGAAACGUGGAUCCAGAUCUAAACUACUUGUUCCUAGUUUCAACUUGCAGGCAUUACCACCAUUCGAGGUUUGAAAUUGUCGAACAAGACAUGCAAGAUCCAUAGGCCCUUCCUUUCGAUUGCUAUAAUCGUUGAAUAUAUUUGGGUCGACCAAACACCCAGUCCAUUGCAAGAGUGCUAGCGCUCUAAGCAACAACAUCCAAGAACCAAUGGACAGCUACAUGAUAAGUUGUGAUGAUCGCGACAAAUCGAUACUUCCAAAAUCUGGAAUUUGAGCCAUGUGGUCCAUUUAAAGUUGUACCGCCCUCUUGAAACAUCAAAAAAGCAAGUGGAAUCCCCUCCCCACCUAUUCUGCUACUCUCCAGUCUACUCGGUAUAGUGGGACUUGCGUGUUCUACUGUGCCUAAUGUUUUACUACUCCGGGGCCUCUUAAAACGCCAAUAAUGGAUAUCCAUUCACUGUGUUUUCGGACAUUCGAUUACUGCGAGGUGGUCCGGGUGAUGGUUGGGAAACAAUGUUGCCGAAAAAGAUAUGGUCUUUUUCGGCAGGGCAAGUUUGAGCUUGGUCCCCCUAUGCGAGGGGCCUAUAAAAAGAGCUUAAUGCUUCCAAAAUUUCAACGCUGGGCGCUUUCGAAUCUCGAUCUAGGAUCCACCAGCUAAUAAGGUUUAAUCCACUAAGUUACAUUCUUAUACUUCGGGCGAUUAGUGUGGUGCGCAGCUCCACUCAUGGAGGGUGGUGGCAGGAGUUUACCUGCUCAGUGGUUCUCCUUCCAGAAGGAUUUGAGUGAAUUAUAUUAAUGGGCAUAUAGCUCACAACUUGGGUUCUUUCCUCUUCGUUCCUUUCCCCUCAUUACAUUCCUUUCUUACAUCCUUCUUUUUGUUUGCAUUCUAUAUUCUUGCUCAUUGGCCUUUGUUCUCCUACCCUUCUUUAAUUUCUGUACGGAUAUUCCAUUCCUUACUAUGCAGUUAUCCUCAGUUCUAUUGACGGCAGCCGGACUGCUCGCUCCCGUAUACUCUAGCGCCAUUAUCUCCAUCGGACGUCGCUCUGAGGGCCUCGAUGUCAGCCUCGCCUCAACGGGAAACACCAAAGUCCAAGUUUCUGUGACGAACACUGGCUCCUCAGAAAUUUCCAUUCUUAGAGCGAACACACUCUUUGACGCAUCUCCCACGAAAAAGUUCACUGUCUACAAAGAGGGCUCCCGAAAAGAAGUGCCCUUUAAAGGCGUUCACUUACGCCGCAGUCCCUCUGACCUAGCCAAAGACAACCUCCAACCUAUUGGCCCCGGCCAAACUAUCGACAAAGAAUUCGACCUCGCGGAAACCCUCAAUCUCUCAGAAAGUGGUACCUACAUUGUCUCCGCCGACGGUGUCUUCCCAAUUAUCGACCCCAAAUCAUUCAGCAUUGCUAGUGUCAUCCCGUACGAAUCCAACGAACUUAAAAUAGAAGUAGACGGCAAACAGGUAUCAGGCGUCCUCUCCACCCGCGCCAAAAUACAUGACCAUCUCGCCCAGCGCGCCGAUUUCAACAACGGCAACUGUACCGACCAUCAAAAGGCCGUCAUCGCCAGCGCACUGAAACGAGACUCCAGCAUCGCCGGAGAAGCUUCCAACGCGGCUCUAUCCGGCGACGUGCGAGUGUUCGAGCAAUACUUUCGCACAACAGACCCCUCCAUCCGCCAGCAAGUUUCCGACCGCUUCCACGCCAUCUCUAACGAAGCCUGCAGCGCUGAGGGCGGGGUAGUCAAGUACCAGUGCGAAGAUGAGAUGGAUGUCUGCCGCCCGGGCACGGUCGCCUAUGCGCUUUUAGGAUCGAAUGUCGUUGUCAACUGUCCAAUCUACUAUUCGGUAACAGCGGUGUCGCAGGCGUGCGAUGCGGGCGACCAGGCGCUGACUGUCAUCCAUGAGUUAUCGCACAUCGAUGCCGUUUACUAUCCCGCCACGACGGAUCUUGCCUACGGUGAAGAUGCGUCGAUGGCGUUGAAUGCUGAUAUGUCGAUUCGGAACGCCGAUAGUUAUACCUUUUAUGCCAAUGCCGUACGACAAAACUGCAAUCCUAGUUAAAUGGAGCGCUGCCGCAAUGCUAGGGCACACAACUUCAGGAAAGAGAGGGGCCCAAAUCCACCUUGGUCGGGGGGUAUUCCAUCAUAUCUGCACGGCGGCCAUACUCAUCAUGAGCUCAGACACUGCAAAAAUGUAUCAAUGAACAUGUAUCUGUUUGCGAAAACCAAAAAAUAUCAGCGACGGGCGGGGCAUGGCCUGUUCCCAAAAAAAUGGAGGAAACAAAGAGUGCAGGGCAUUUUCAAUUUUGAAUUUUGAAUUUUUCUUUUUCUCCCCCUCCCCUUUUAAAUGUUAGCAUGCUCUCCCUUAGACAUGUCCUAUUCUUACUUGCAUCUAGCAGGUUCCUAGGUAUCAAUGAUAUUCAGCACUGUUUAUUCCAUAGAACCACCCAAAGAGAUAAAUAUUAUUUUUAGAGGAAAAUCACAGAAUCAUGAUAAAACAGACGCACGCAUAUAUAGAACUUGUUCUUCC